CAGUUCUUAUUUUGACAGUUGCUGUGGCAUUUUAAAAUCAAUAUUUUUAAAAACCAGCAAAGGGGAUUUAUUUCUGUUUUUAGUGCUUAAUUGAGGAAUUAAUUAAAGUUAUGAUUAUUAGAUGCAUGUAAUUUAAUAAUUGUUAUAAUGACGUCGGCAUCGUCGAGUAGCGCUCGUUCGCUGUUCGCUGAAUCGAAACAACGUCUUGCGGAACGAGUUCAAGUAAAUAUGAAUAAUAUAUCCUCGUUAGCACGUCAGAUACAAAGAGGAUCUAAAUCAAAUGAGCUCCUGACAAAAGCAGCGAGAGAGUUUGCUGGAACAGAAAACUUGAUGGAGAGCAGUGAAGAAAAUCUUAAGAAGAUGCAUCUGAUCUCUGUACAUAUGGGCUACCAAUUUGAAAACAUCCAUAAGUCUGCCCAGAUGCUCACUGAGAUUAAUGAAAAAGUGGCUUCUAUGCAGAGAUGAUUUAAGUAGUCUAAAAGAGAUGUAUCUUAAUAAAGGAUUUCAACUGUAUAAAAUUCGAUAUUAGUACUUUGGAAGGAACAGUGAAUCCUUGAGCCUUUUUUAAUUUACUUAGGUGUACAAGAUAAGGCUGGUUCUGCAUAUAAGCUACUUUUUUACCUUCCACAGUCCUAAACAUAACCCAGGAUUGACUAUCCAAUUUAUCUGGUACCAUUUUUGCUAUUGUGAUUUCCUUAAUUUUCAAUAUGUAUCAAAAUAUGGAGCUAUGUAUUCAUUAUAUUACCUAAAAAAAGAUAUUUUCUUAUGUAACUACAUCAUGAUUGUAUUUUUCAUUAGUUUAGAUAAUGUAUAUAAUCUUAUAUUAAGUUUGAUUAUUAAAAUUCUUAAAGUUAUACCUCUGUAGUGCUGUGACAAUUUAUUAUAUUGUAUACCUAUUAGUAUGUAAUUUACUUUAUACUAAUUUAAUUUAUGUAAGUUACUAAAUAUAUUAUGAGUCUUUUUUUAAA